CUCGAAUUCGCGGUGAAUUGAAGGCGACCUCUGACCAACCCAUUGGCAGUCCAUCGAUUCUGCACUGCAUAUGGGACUGUGUGUAUUUGAAAUGCCUGAUAUCAGGAGUUUCUUUGGCGCCAAGCCGGGGCAGGGUGCGACCGCGUCUGCAAAGCCAGCGGCAGAGGAGCAGGAUCCUGCUACAGCCCGCAAGAAACGAAGCAGAAAGGUUGUCGAUGACAGUGACGAUGAGGAUCCCAAACCGAAGUCUCCAAAGACUAAACCAGUGACAAAGCCAUGACCAAUAUUCUAACAAGUAAUUAUUCAGGGCCAAGGAGGAGGACAAAGGAGAGCCAACAACCACCUCAGAAUACUUCGCAUCGAGCAAAAAGAGAGGUCGGCUUUCAAAAGCUGCCGGUGCAAAAGACCCAAAAAACCAAAGACCUGCCGUCAUCCGCGAAGAAGAGCGAGGCAGGACGACGCUCCAAAGCUCCUGUAAGGAUAGUUGAAGAUGAUGGCGAUCUUGGUGGCGAUGACAUUUUUGCAACCGACUUCGCUAAGUCCCGUCGAGCUGAUGAUGAUUAUGUCGAAGAACACGAUGGAAGCGACUCCGAUGAUAUCAUUGUCAAGCCAGCAACUGCAAAGAAGGGAAGGUUGGAGGUGGAGGUAGAGGAACAGGAUGAUGAUAUUGAAAUGUUAACUACGCCUCCUCCAAAAACAAAAUCUGGAAGAAAGCGAAAGUCAGAUGCAGUGUUUGAUCUCGACGAAGUUGAUGAUGAGAAGCCAAAGAAGAAACCCGCGUCCAAGAAACAGAAAGCCACUCCAAAGAAAGAUCAACCAGAAUCCAAAGAGAUUCAGAAUAUAUUUGAUAAUAUUCCAACAAAACCGAAAUUUUACAUGAACACUGUGAGAUCUCGUACUCCACCCGGGGCUGGGUCAGUGCAGUUACCUGUUGGCGCGGACAACUGCUUAGCUGGUUUGUCGUUUGUGUUCACUGGGGUAUUGGAUACACUCGGGAGGGAAGAGGGUCAAAGUCUAGUCAAAAAGUAUGGCGGCAAGGUCACUGGAGCCCCGAGCUCGAAGACAAGCUAUGUCGUUCUAGGUAGCGAUGCCGGUCCAAGCAAGCUCAAGAAAAUCCGGGAUAUGAACAUAAAAACAAUAAACGAAGAGGGACUUUUCGAACUUAUCAGACGACUUCCCGCAAAUGGAGGAAGUGGCAAAGCUGCAGAACAAGCUCAAGCGAAACGAGACGCCGAGGAAAAGAAGAUCCGUGCUUUGGCUGCGGAAAUGGAUGAACUCGAAAAGAAGAAAGUAGAAACAAAACCCGUGCCAAUGCCCAACUCACAAGCCUCUUCAACCUCGCAGACCACUGUACCCAAGUCUCAGGUAGAUGACCGCCUUUGGACUACUAAAUAUGCUCCGACUUCAAUGAACAUGAUUUGCGGCAACAAAGGACAGGUCGAGAAGCUACAAACGUGGUUGCGUAACUGGCGAGCAAAUGCUAAGAAAAAUUUCAAAAUGCCAGGAAAAGAUGGGUCUGGUCUGUAUCGAGCAGUUAUGAUUCAUGGACCUCCUGGUAUAGGAAAAACUACUGCUGCUCAUGUAGUUGCCAAUUUGGAGGGGUAUGAUGUCGUAGAGACCAAUGCCAGUGAUACCAGAAGCAAGAAACUCGUUGAAGGCGGGCUUCUUGGCGUCUUGGACACUACUUCCCUCCAGGGCUACUUCUCUGGUGAAGGAAAAACUGUCGAAAGUCAAAAGCGGAACCUUGUUUUGAUCAUGGAUGAAGUAGACGGAAUGUCUGCUGGAGAUCGAGGUGGUGUUGGAGCUUUGGCAGCUGCAGCCAAGAAGACCAAUGUGCCAUUGAUUCUUAUCUGCAACGAACGAAGUUUGCCCAAGAUGAAGCCUUUUGACCAUGUUACCUACGAGCUUGGUUUCAGGCGGCCAACUCCGGACAUGAUUAGAGCACGACUUUCUACAAUCUGCUUUCGCGAAGGAAUGAAGAUUCCUCCGCAAGUUCUCGAUAGCCUGAUAGCGGGCACAGGCUCAGAUAUUCGACAGGUGAUUAACAUGCUGUCGACUGUAAAACUCGACCAGAAAAGCCUCGAUUACGACAAAGGAGUGGAACUAUCGAAAGCCUGGGAGAAACACGUCAUUUUAAAGCCUUGGGACAUUGUGUCUAAAAUUUUGAAUGCGCAGAUGUUCUCCCCAACAUCACAAUCGACCUUGAAUGACAAGAUCGAACUUUAUUUCAAUGAUCACGAAUUCAGUUACCUCAUGCUUCAAGAAAAUUAUCUGAAGACAAGCCCGAUGCUUGCUAAUAAUUACUCAGGAAAGGAGCGUCAACUCAAACUCCUUGAACUUGCCGAUGACGCCGCGUCAAGCAUCAGUGAUGGCGACCUUGUUGAUAAGAUGAUUCAUGGCAGUCAACAACAAUGGAGUCUAAUGCCGACCCAUGCAGCCUUCAGUUUCGUUCGACCAGCUAGCUAUACAUUUGGGAACUUUGGGGGACGUCCGACGUUUACUAGCUGGCUUGGUAAUAAUAGCAAAUAUGGCAAGCUAGGACGCUACGUGAAAGAAAUCCAAGGUCAUAUGAGACUUCGUUCUACUGGUGAUCGCGAAGAAAUCAGACAACAGUAUAUGCCAGUCUUGUGGAACAAGCUCGUUCGUCCAUUGAUGGAUGAAGGCAAGGACUCAGUUGAACAGGUCAUAGACUUGAUGGAUAGCUAUUUCCUUACUCGCGAAGACUGGGAUGCCCUAGUCGAACUUGGACUAGGUCCCAUGAACGAAGAGAACGUCAAAAUCGCAACUCAAACAAAGUCCGCAUUCACUCGCAUCUACAACCAGCGCUCACAUCCAUUGCCCUUCAUGAAAGCCAGCAACGUCCUCGCACCCAAGAAAGGCCCCAAGGUUAAGCCCGAUAUUGAAGAUGCUAUUGACGAAUCUGACGAAGAGGAAAUCGUCGAGGAUGCCAAAGAGGUGGAUGAAGACGAGGAGUUAGAUCUCAAGAAAGACAAGUAUGUGAAGAUGCCCAAAGCCAAAGGAGGUGCUGCCAAAGGAAACCCUGGUAAGGGUAAAAAAGCCACUGGAAAAGGAAAGAAGAAGGAUGACGAUUUUAUCGACGGUGAUGAAGACGAGCAACCCAAAAAGGGCCGCAAGGGCAAGGGUAAAGCCAAGUGAGGAAGCCCUGUUGGCUCUCAGGCUAUAUUUGAUGUAGACUAGUGCAUGGUACAAUUCAUGUUUAAUUCUAUUACCGCCAGUUCGUUCGUUCAAGAUAAGCCGCGAUUUUUUUCUUGGGUUUUUUCCUCGUUCUUUUAAUUUUUGCAUAUUAGGGCCUAGAUAUUGUCUAUAUUGGUGAGGUUCUUUUCGAGAUGUAUUUUAUUCAAAUCAUAUUAAAUAAUCAAUUCCCCCAUCUUACGUCUUACUUUUCUUAUUUUGUUGGGCCUUCAAACAUGUAUGC